GGGAAGUGUUCAGAAAUGUUACUGAAGUUUUUAUCUUGGUUCCUGCACUACUUGGUCUCAAAGGUAAUUUGGAAAUGACCUUGGCAUCUAGACUAUCAACUGCAGUAAAUGUUGGGAAAAUGGAUUCUCCCAUUGAGAAGUGGAACCUAAUAAUUGGCAAUUUGGCCUUAAAACAGGUCCAGGCAACGGUAGUUGGUUUCCUAGCAGCAGUGGCAGCAGUCACACUGGGCUGGAUUCCAGAAGGCAAAUAUCGCCUUGAUCAUUCAAUCCUUUUGUGUUCUAGCAGUGUAGCAACUGCCUUCAUAGCAUCUCUUCUACAGGGGAUAAUAAUGGUUGGAGUUAUUGUUGGAUCAAAGAAGACAGGCAUAAAUCCUGACAAUGUUGCCACACCUAUUGCAGCGAGUUUUGGAGACCUUAUCACUCUUGCUAUACUAGCUUGGAUAAGUCAGGGUCUUUAUAAUUGCCUUGAGACAUAUUACUAUAUAUCUCCUUUAGUUGGUGCCUUUUUCUUGGCUCUGACUCCUAUGUGGAUUGUAAUAGCUGCCAAACAUCCAGCUACAAGAACUGUUCUCUAUUCAGGGUGGGAGCCUGUUAUAACUGCUAUGCUUAUAAGCAGCAUUGGUGGCCUUAUUCUGGACACAACUGUUUCUGAUCCUAAUUUGGUUGGGAUUGUUGUUUAUACUCCAGUAAUCAAUGGUAUUGGUGGUAAUUUAGUGGCAAUUCAAGCUAGCAGAAUUUCUACCUACCUCCAUUUACAUAGCAUUCCUGGAGAGUUGCCAGAAGAAGCAAAGGGUUGCUAUUACCCAUGCAGAACCUAUUAUGGUACAGGAGUAAAUAACAAAUCAGCCCAAGUUCUUCUCCUUUUGGUGAUUCCUGGGCAUUUAAUUUUCUUGUACACCAUCCAUUUAAUGAAAAGUGGUCAUACCUCUUUGACUCCAGUUUUUAUAGCAGUAUAUUUGUUUGCAGCCCUGCUACAGGUGUUUACUUUGUUAUGGAUUGCUGACUGGAUGGUGCACCACUUCUGGAAAAAAGGAAAAGAUCCUGACAGUUUUUCUAUCCCUUACCUUACUGCGUUGGGAGAUCUGCUUGGAACUGCCUUAUUAGCUAUGAGUUUUCACUUUCUGUGGCUCAUUGGUGAUAGAGAUGGGGAUGUUGGAGACUAAUCAUUCAGAUGGACAUAUUGUUCCCAGUAGAUUCAGAAGAAAAAUAGGAGAAAACUGCUUACCAUUCCACUUGAAGGAUUUCAAAACAAUUGUUCAAUUUAGUAUGGGUAAUUCAGUUGGCACAGAUUUUAAAUGGCCUUAAUAUUUUUUAAUGAAAGGUGGAACAGGAAGGAUUUUAUCUGACUUUUACCCUGAAAGUGAGGACUGUUACCACUUGAAAACAUCUGACCAGAUACAAUGAAAUGUAGGCUGAUUGUUUGACAGGUGUUUUGUAUUAGGAAAAAAAUGGAGCGUUUAAAAAAGGAAAAUCAUGGGAUAUCAUAUAAAUCAGAGCUUUCUUUAAUUGACAAUAAAUGAACAGUGAAGAAGGGAGAUGAAAACAGAUCAGUGGCUUAUCAUGUCUCUUUUAGCCCUCACAAAUUGGGUAUAUAUUUCAAAUCACAAUGCACAAAGGGUUCAUUGAGUCAAAAUAAUUUCCUUCUCACAGACACAACUACUUAAUUGAUUAUGUGUCUUUGCCAUUUUUAGGAUUUCUCCAGUUGACACAGGCUGUACAUCAAGAAUAAUAAUUAUUGUAAUGAUUUGGGCCCUAAUCCUUCAAACAUUUUGACACAUGCUUAACUUUACGCACAUCAGAGGAACUACUUGCAUGUACUGUUACGCUCUUUGAGAAGUAUUUGCAUGAUUGGGCCCUACCACAGUGUAGCAAGAGAACUGCAACCUACUUCUUUUGCCCUUGGUAUCUAUCUAAAUCAAUGAUGUAAGCUAGGGGUUCUCAAACUUCAUUGCACCAUCACACUCUUCUGACAACAAAAAUUACAACACGACCCCAGGAGGGGGGACUGAAGCCUGAGCCCACCUGAGCUGCCUUGGGUGGAGGGGCCAAUUCCAAAGCCUGCUGAGGCCAAAACUGAAUCCCAAGGGCUUCUGCCCCAGGCGGGGGGGCCUGUAACCUGAGCCCUGCCACCCAGGGCUUGGGCUUUGACCCCAGGUGGUGGUCAGGGGUGGUCCUAGCUUUUUUGCCACCCCAAGCAUCGCAGGC